GUCCUGCCGGUUGUACCCUACAAGCCGGCAAAGUCGUACGCUUGCUAUAUCGAUCUCGAGCUUUCGAUCGCGCAAUCUCCUCUCUCUCUCUCUCUGUUCUCUGUUAGCGCUUGGAAGCUCGUCAAGUGGUUUCAGCUCCCUGCCUGCUUCCCAGGAAGCUCUCUAUCCCUAGAAUGAAGGGAGGGAAGGGGAAGGCUUCAACCAAGAAAGAGACUCCAGCAGCACUAAAGCCAGCUGAUGACAAAAAAGUUGGAAAACGCAAGGCUGCUGUGAAGGCUGAUAAGAGUAGCCAAAGCAAGGAUAAAAAGGCCAAGAAUGCUAAAAAGGAUCCUAACAAACCAAAGAGGCCUGCUACUGCUUUCUUUAUUUUCCUUGAGGAGUUCAGAGAAAUCUACAAGAAAGAGCAUCCUAAUGUGAAAGCUGUAUCUGCUGUUGGUAAAGCUGGAGGCGAGAAAUGGAAAUCACUGACUCGUGCGGAAAAAGCUCCAUAUGAAGCUAAAGCUGCAAAAAGGAAGAGCGAAUAUGAAAAACAGAUGUCAGCUUACAACAAGAAGCAGGAAAGUAAUACUGAUGACGGUGAUGAGGAGUCGGAUAGGUCAAAGUCUGAAAUUAAUGAUGAAGAUGAUGAUGGAAGUGGAGAGAAUGAAGAUGACGACGAUGACGAUGAAGAGGAAGACUAAAGUUUAUGACCAUUUAAGUUUUAUGGGUUAUUUGAAUCAAGCAUUGAAACUGCUUUUUGUAUGCUGUGCUAGGGACUUUUAAGUAAUUGUCUUCUGAGAUGGUAAAUGUUGCAGACUCUAUCUGUACACUUGUAUUUCUUCUGUUCGCCAAGUGCUUUUUCUCUUUCACCGUUGCAGGGAAUUGGCAUUUCUAAAGGUGCGUUUCUCUUGAGCUUCU